AUCUUUUUUUUUCAUCUUUUUUUGUAUUUAUUUAUUUGUGAAUUUAAAUUAAUGAAAUUUUUGUUGUGAUUUAUUUUUCUUUUUUUUUGUUGAUUGUAAAUUUAAUUAAUCACUUUUUGUGUCUGUGUGCGAGUGUACAGUAGAUUAGGUUAUAGUUUUACUGUACUGUUAUUAUUUAGACAAGGAAACAUCCCCUUCUCACAUGAGGAACUUAACCAACAGCAACAACAAUUCAAAUCUAAUUAUGUCGGAAGAUGCUGAAUUUAUGUUCACCGCUGGUUCUAUCAUAUCUUUAAUCACUUGCCAUGAUAAUGUUUACGAAGGAGAGGUUUUAGCCUUUGAUUAUCAUAAGAAAAUAUUGCUUAUCAAGUGUCCAUCAAGCUCAGGUCAACCUAGUCUAAAUGAUGUCCAUCUAAUUAAUUUAAGCAAUGUGACAGACGUAAAAAUAAAAAAGGAAGUCAAAAAAGAGGAGAUUAGUUCAUCAUCUUUACCUCACCUCAAUUUAAGUAAAGUUGAUCAAAGGAAAAAACAAGCCAUUGAGGAGCGAAAACGUUUAGCAAAAGCUUUCGAUUCUGGUGUUACCGAUGAGGGUAUUGAAGUAUUUCUACAUUUAUCAAAGACAAUUGAUGCUGUUACCUGGGAUGGUAAAAAUAUUAUUGUUAUGAAAAAUGUUGUCAUCCAACCUCCUUAUAAACCUGACAAUUGUAUUCCAAAUGUUGGCUCAUCAUCAGCGGCCGGUGGUGACAAGAGGGUUUCUGCUUCGACUAAAGUAUUAGAAGCGGUUUCAUACAUUAAACAAUUAUUGGAAAAAUAUUGGAAAGAUAAGUAAACCACCAUAAGUACACCAGACACACACAGAUACAAAAAGACACCCACACAAACACACUCAGGACAUUGGAGAUGAUUAAAGAGUGAGAGAGACCAAAAAAAGUUAUAAAAAUUAGAAUAAAAUUUACCGAAAAGCAAAUCGAAACAAAAAACGUCAACUUAAAUCGGGUUACUAUUAUAAACCGAAUAAUAUACCAACAAUAUCGACCUUCCAGAAAAGAAGAAAAAAAAACACAAAAUGGAUUACCGAUUCGAAACAUCAUCAGCAGUUUAUAUAAAAGUUUUUCGCAGCUCA